AUGCCCAAAGCCAACCGCAUCGAUGACGCUUUGACUAUCAACGAUGAGAAUGACCGUAUACUGGAAUUCUGGCUCUAUGCUCGGGCCUCCUCUGAGUUCUGUGAGGAGCAGGACCCGUCAGACUUUCUUUUUGUUACAAACCUGGGGGGUCAAGAGGAUAGAAAAACGCUGGCGAGCAGUUUGGAUAGCGUUGAACGUACCCCAGAGUCCCUUGAGGCGUGCUUUCUUCGUCGGAAGAUAACAUUAUCGCUCCCCUUCGUAGAACAGUUCGUUAAUGAAGCUAACACGGUGGCACUCUACGUGCGACCUCCCCAGGAGCAACCGGAGGGAAGUACAUCCAUACCACCGAAAACAACAAAGCUGGUGGGAAAGAAAGACCGCAACAAGAGAGAUGAAGAUGUGGUUUCACUUGAAAAAGCAGAGAAGAUACUGUUUCUAAGCUUUGAUUUGGUCGAUCUCCUGACGAUGCCGUCCAUGCGGCUACCGGUAUCUCUUGCCCCAGAUGCGAUGCUACAGGAUUGUGCCAUCGAGAUUCGAUGCGGCACCGCUUUUCUACCACCGACCAAGCUCAAUAGAUACCGUCCGCUGAAGAUUGAGGUUCACUCCAUUUGCAAUCUUCCAAAACCAAGCGUCCGAGAUGAGCCCGUAUUUCUGUCAGUGAAAUUUGGCGAUAUUCAGUUUCGAUCACCCAAGCUUGAUGUGGCCCCGAAUGGAAAAGUAUUAUAUCGCCGCGUGUUGUUUUUAGGCACACAGACCCCUUUGAGUCUGUAUCAGAAGGCCUUCUUUCAUAAAAUAGAAGUCUCUGCGUUCUACGGGGCAAAAACAUGCGUGGGGAUCGGAACACUAUCGCUACGUGCAGCCGUGACAGAUCGGCAGACAGAGUUUAGUGAAACAGUGCAUCUUUUGCCUAACCGUACUACACCUGCUCUGGAUGAUAAUUGCCUCACCAAAGGUGCGAUUGUUUCUCUGCGGUUCGAUUUAUUCACCCCGUUGCCGUAUCCAAGUCACGUUGACAGUGACGGGCAGCCUGCACACGGUCGAUUCCUUACGCGUGGUCUUAUACGAAUGCCCUAUGCAGCUAAGUGGACAUCAAAUGUUUUGGAGGCAUUGAUCACUACGCUUCUUCAGUUCAAAAAAGCACACGAAAAAAGCGACGUGUAUCAAUACAAGCUGCCUCAACCAGAGCCGGAGGCCCCGCCACCCAAAGAUAAGAAAAAAGACCGUGGCAAACCACAUAAGGGCCAGGUGCUACCGCCUCCUCGACCCCCUUCUCCUAUAUCCCUAUUUGAUGCUCCUUUCAAAAUUGUCACACCGCCUGGGAUUAGUGGGUUCGAAGUGAUGGACGAUAACAUGCGAAUCAUUUGUGUGGAGGGACCCGCCGCAGAGGUGCAUAAGAUUCUCGAGCGGGCUAGUGCGGCUGCCGGCCACGACCCGAAACUGGUGUUACUCAUGAAUGCGGAGCUGUUUGUGCCAAGACGUAGUUACGUUGUGUUUCCACCUCUGGUGACGGUGCCACAAAUAGUAAACGACACUACUACAGGUGAUGAGGCUAGGACGAUUUUGCCUAAGGAAGGAACAGUGGCGCCAUCCGGUCUUGGGGGUCGUGUCACUGAACGUGACUCCACUGUCGCCGGGACGGUGGAGUUGUUGUCCUCGCCGACCUCCACAGCUGAGUGCAACCGAGAAGCCGGGGAAAUAUUCGACAGCGCCGAAGCGGAGGCUGGCGGCACGGGAGGACGAAUUCACCGCAUACGUAUCAAGGAGACAAUUGAAUCACUAGUCUCGCAGCAACACUACCUUCUGAAAAGGGUGCUCUCGGAAAGUUGUGUCAAGUGUUACACAAAACUAGAUGCUUUGUGCGGUUGCCUCUCUCUCUGGAAUGCCCUUGAGCGUGAUCUGUUUCCAACGCCAGAGGAGCUUAUUGCGUUGGAGCGUUCCUUUGGCGCCACACUAGAGUUGCCAGACGUUUUUGGCAGACAGGAGUUUGUCAAUGUAGCGGUUGCAAAGCAGUCACCGGAUUUUUCAUACAAAGAGGUUGAGGAGGAGUCGGUCCCAGGUGUUGAUGUAGGCGCCCUGCACUGGAGCGACGUAGGAAAAAUGGUUCUGUUUGAGGCAACUCGAAUCAUGUCUUCCCAAAAGCGAAUCCCUGCGCACGUGCAACAACGGUAUCCACAGGCCUGUUGGAUGCGCACGCUAGACACCAAUAGCGAUGUCUUGUGCGCUUUUCCUCCCGGUUCCCAACCCGGUGGCACAAUUCGUUACCUUGUAGAAGCACAGGUUGUUCGUUGCGAGCAGACCCUAUGCCUCUACGCUCUCGAGUGCAGCUCACUUGCAAAGAGUCACACACACACACGCAAUCCAGCAUAUGAGGCUUCUCUAGCGGCUUUGCGAAAGCAGAGAACCCGGGAUCUCUUACGCCACAAACCGAAGCAGAAGCAGAAGCAGGGAAAGUCACCUGCUGCGACCUUCAGUACUGUCCAGCUCGGCAGUGCUCUAGCUGUACAGAGUGACGACAGUGAGGAUGACCAAUUAGUGGAUUCCCCACCACGCGAAGCGCGCGUGGCUCCAAAAACCAUUACAAGUGCAUUUGAACGGGAUUUCGUUGCACGAAACCGAAGAAAUAUCGCAUCACUCACGAAAUAUGUACCUCGGAUGACGACCGCUGACUACGACUUCUGCUGGGAGCUGUAUAAGCGAAGAGUUCCCGUUGCCCCUCCACAGCGCCCAAGGGGACCGCCGAUGCACUUCUAA